AUGCCUCUAGUGAAAUCGAAUCUGGACAUCCCUGCAGGCAUUAUAGCAAGAAAGGGGAUCCAUGUAGAGCCGGUACGUUCGGAAGAAGCGUUGAGAUCCGUUGAUCUUGAAGUAAAGAUUUUACCGCCGCUACUAUCUUACCGCCGCUAUUACGAACCGCAAUUACGAAGUAAUAUCCGGUUUCAAGAUAGUAUAUCAGAUGAGGGCCUCUCGAGCGCCAUUUAUCUGACAACUAAAGAGAAGUUUAAGAGCUCUUUUUUAAUUCGCAAGAACCUUAUUGCGGCAAGUUCUACAAAAUGCGAGCGUGUGACACGAUUAGUCUUCGCUUCGGAGAUUUUCAAGAUGGUUUUAAGCGUAGAUAUUGCUAUUUGGGUGGCCACUACGCUAAAAAUAGUAACUAGUAAACUGCAACUCCCGGAAAUUCUUAUAAUGGUCAGCACUGACUCUUACUUUCUUUACGAAUACCUCGUUGAGCUUAGAACUACGAAAGAGAAGAAAUUAAUGAUUGAUAUUAUAGCUCUUCGGCUAUCGUAUAAAGCGACGAAAAUUAGCUGA